UUUUUAGAGAAGCCACUUGUUUUCUUUUAAAGGACACGUUCUUCGCUAAAUCGUGACCAGUACGCUUUUGAAUUCGAACCGAUCUCAGCGACAGCGAAACUAAAGAUGAACAAAUUCUUCGUAAACGUCGGCAAAAUUUAAUUUUUAUCUCGCUGAACACGAACUUGCUUAAUGUUUUUUUUUUUUUGUAUAUAAAACUACAACAAAUCUGUGUAUUCGUCGACAAGACGCACAUCAUGUAAGCACGUUCAAGCUAACAUCAUCUCCGGAUAAAUCGUUUGAGAUUAGCUUGUAAAAUAUCUGAAUCUUGUCCAUUUGCAUUAUCGCCAACAUUUAGUUAACGAAUGGUAAUAAUUUAUACUUUUUUUUUCCUCAGCUGAUGGCAGCGAAUGCGGUAGCAACAGUUUCAGAUGUCUCGACGGUACUUGCAUACCAGCCACCUUAGUCUGCAACUAUCAAAAAGACUGCGAAGGUGCAGAGGAUGAGUUCCAAUCAUGCUCGCCACCCGACUGCGAGGCUGGACAGAUCACCUGUGGCCAGUACAUUUUCAAUAAGACUUAUUGUAUACCUCCGCAUCAACGAUGCGACAUGACAGUCGAUUGCGUCGACGGAACCGACGAAGCUGGAUGUAAUUAUAGGAAAUGUCAGCCAGAUGAUUUCCGGUGCGGUGGAACCACGCCGGAGCUCUGCAUUCCAAAGGAGAAGAAAUGCAAUGGAUAUCUGGAUUGUCGAAACGGUAGGGACGAGGAGAAGUGCGACAAUGCCAAACCAGCCUGUCGAUUGGAUCAGUUCAGGUGUAACUCCACCCAGCGUUGCAUCGAACAGUCUGCCAGGUGCAAUUACAAGGACGACUGCGGGGACAACAGCGACGAGGAGAACUGCGUGUUUCAGCUAUGCACGAUCAACCAAUUCAGGUGCGCGAACUCGAUGUGCAUACCCAAAUCGUACCAUUGCGACGGCUACAAGGAUUGCCACGAUGGCUCCGAUGAGAAGUCAUGCACAGUGACUGUAUGUCCUGGGAACAAGUUCAUAUGCCCGAAAGGAGCACCCGAUGGCAAACCGCUUUGCAUCGAUCGCUCUCAGCUCUGCGAUGGGAAACCCGACUGUGAGGACGACGCGGACGAAGAAGCUGCUUGUUGUAAGCACCCUUUUGUUUUAUCUUGUCUCUCGUGUAGAGUUGGGAACUAA